UUCGAAAUCCCCCUAUUUUGAUCUUAAAUCGUGUUAGCAGAAGACCGAGUACAGCUCGGAAUAUCUGAAGCUGCAACACCUUCUCUGUCACCAGCAACAACAGCACCUCAAAAACCCCUAACCCGCUAAACCCUUGUUGUCUGGAGAUCUUUUUCCUUCAAUUGAAUCCACACAGGACGCAUUAAUGGCUUUCAGACGGAGCGUUACCUCACGCGCUAAAAUUCUCUAUCAACAGCAACGAGUCGCCGUUCCAUUUUCGCAUAUCGAUCGUGACGAUGGCGACCGCGAAAAUUUACCCCGUCAUAACCCCAUUUACACGGGCAGUGGGAUCCCUGAUAUUCCGCGGCGGCGCAGCCCGUUCGGGGCCGGGGCAAAUGUAGGAGGUUUUUGUGGGUCGAGGCUGUUCCAAGAUCGGAGAUUUGCGAUUCCAGCUGCUUUCGCGCCGGCUUCUGUGAGGAAAAUGUCGUCUCUUAAAGAAGGGCCGGGUGCUGACAAUAUUGAGUUAAUGACUGACAUGGCCGAUGACAAGAUUGGGAUAAUGACUGACAUGGCGGAUGUGUUGGGAGAGACGGCUGCACAGGUGGCACAGGCGACUGCCCCGGUGGCGGGUGAGGUGGCGGCUGCAGCUGCGGACUCGUUCUUUCCGGUGGCUGCACUACAAUACAUCAUUGAUUAUGUGCACACUUUUACAGGGCUGAAUUGGUGGGCUGCGAUUGUUUUGACAACUGUUUUGAUUCGUACGCUUCAACUUCCUCUUACAAUACAUCAAAUUAAAGCUACUUCAAAAUUCACACUUAUAAGGCCCGAGUUGGAGAAGAUUCAGGAAGAAAUGAGGAGUAGGGAUAUGAGUCCUGCUGCUGUGCUUGAAGGUCAGGCAAAAAUGAGAAAAAUAUUUAAUGAAUAUGGUGUUACACCGUUCACCCCUUUAAAGGGAAUUCUAAUUGUCGGACCUGUCUUCCUCUGUUUCUUCUUAGCUAUCACCAACAUGGCAGAGAAGGUUCAAUCGUUCAAGCAGGGAGGAGCAUUCUGGUUUACUGAUUUGACCACUCCGGAUGCAAUGUAUAUUUUGCCAGUUUUGACAGCACUGACAUUUUGGAUAACGGUGGAGUGCAACGCUCAAGAAGGUAUGGAAGGCAAUCCAGCUGCCAAUACCAUCAAGAACGUCUGUAGAGUCUUUGCAGUAUUGACAGUCCCUCUUACUGCUGAGUUCUCAAAGGCUAUAUUCUGUUAUUGGAUUACCUCGAACCUGUACUCCCUCGCCUACGGAUUGGCGAUAAAGAAGCCUGAGGUGAAGAAGAUGUUGGGAAUACCGAAUAUUCCACCACCACCACCAUCGACUAAUCAGAAACCCGCCCUCUCGUUCAUGGAGUCGCUGAAGAAGUACGCAGCUGCCCAGAAGCAUCUGCAAUCUUUACCACCACCAACAGAACAGUCUUUAUCACCACCAGAGGAAUCUUCAUCACCACCUGCUGAUGAAAUGUCGAAGCCAGUAAAUCGAAAGUUCCGAACGCCGUCAUCGGCGCUUAGCCGGAGGAUUAGGAACUUAGAGAAAGAGGUCAAGGGAAGGAAGAAAGGGAGCAAGAGGUCUUCCGGGUGAUGAAAUAUUAUAUGACCAAACAAAUAUAGUUGUUUUGAAGAAUGCAAAUUUAAUCUUAUUUAGCUACCAUGUUUUGAGUUGUAGAGAGAGAAGGUUCGGAACAAUAUUUUUUUUACUUAUGGGCAUUAGUUAGUUAAUUGGGAAAUUAGCUGCCUAUUUAAAUAUAAGUGAUUAAUUAUCCGAAUACUUACCUUUGGGGAAUAAGCCCUGUGUCCCGAUUGGUAACAUUUUCUUGUCAUCUCUAAUUUGUUAUAGAAUCUUACUGUUUUUCUCCUAUUA